AUUUGUAGAUUAAUGGACCAAGCUGGAAAGAACCCCAAUGGAGUACUACAUAGUGGGGAGAAAGCACAGUCAUUUUUUGAUCAGGCUAGAAUGGCUUUCUUCUUGUCUGCAACACCUUCCUCCCUGUACAGUGCCCUGUUGCUGGUGGUGUGCAGUGUAGUUUUGACCUCAAGUUAUAGUAUCCGGACACCAGAUCAGGUGUCUGAAGCUGACAUCCAGCGUCUUCUACAUGGAGUCAUGGAGCAACUGGGAAUUGCAAGGCCUCGAGUUGAGUAUCCAGUUCACCAGGCAAUGAACCUGGUUGGCCCACAGAACAUUGAAGGAGGUGCUCAUGAAGGCCUGCAGCAUUUGGGCCCAUAUGGCAAUAUUCCAAACAUUGUGGCUGAACUAACAGAUGACAACAUACCAAAGGACUUCAGUGAAGAUCAGGGGUAUCCUAACCCUCCAAACCCAUGCCCCAGUGGAAAGUCUGCUGAUGAAGGAUGCCUAGAAAACACACCUGACACUGCAGAGUUCAGCAGAGAUUAUCAGCUGCACCAGAAUGUCUAUGACCCACAACACGACUAUCCAGGCAUGAACAAGUGGAAUAAGAAAUUUCUUUAUGAGAAAAUGAAUGGUGGUGGAAAGAGAAAAAAAAGGAGUACCAAUCCAUACCUCAUGGGUCAAAGACUGGAUAAUGUUGUUGCAAAAAAAUCUGUUCCUCAUUUUUCAGAAGAGGAAAAAGACAAAGAAAAGCAGUAACACCUAUAGCUCAUAAGCAAACACACACAUACAGACACACAAAAACAAGCACUCAUGUUUACAGACAGCGAAAUGAUAAAAUAC